ACUUCCAAGUUCCAACCCUUCUCUACCGAGUCCCAUUCCAUCUUUUCCCUUCUCCUCUCUCUGGUCUCCAUCUUCCCACAAAUACAAAUACCCACUUCAGAGUUUAGAUCAGACACCUAAUUUCCAUACUUUUGGUUUCCCCAUUAAAUAUGUAGGCACCACCUACAUUUACAUCUACAUCUGUUGACAUACUAUGUAGACGCUAAAGAUUCCCCAGAAAGCAAAAACCCGAAACCUUUCUGUCUCCUUUCUCAAAAAUUUCUUUCUCUUUUCUCUUCACCUUCUCUAAAGAAGUCCAGAUAGAGAUGGGUAUGUCUGGUUGUAGAGUUAUCUUCUCUCACUUCCUCUUACUGUCCGUUGCUGCUAUUGUCAUCAAUAUCAAUCAAGCAAGGUUUGCCCAUGGGUUGGUGGAGCAUAACAGUAACUCUACAAUGAUGCCUUUGAUCAAGCCUGGAAUGGUUGGGUCUGUGGUGCUAAAUGAGACUCGUCGGCGGUUGGGAACCUUCCAGAUAUGCGCUCUGUGUACUUGCUGUGGUGGGCCGAAAGGGCUCUGCUUGCCCUCUCCUUGCUGCUAUGCCAUCAACUGCAACAUCCCAAACAGGCCAUUUGGUUUCUGCUCCUUUACACCCAAGACCUGUAAUUGCUUUGGAUGCCAUCUUUGAUCUCUCCUCUUCAGCUUCUUCUUCGAAAUCUCAACCUUUCAUUUUGGGGUUAUUUUAGUUUAGAGGUUGUAGCUCUGCUAGGUGUGUGAAUGGAGAAAGGGUGAAAAAGCUCAUCCGAUCUUGUUUAUUUGUUUAUUAUUAUUCUCAUUAUUAUUAUAAAUUGGUAAUGUUUUAAUGCUGUCUUAGUGUCUGUCACUUUGUCUACUGCCCUUACCAGUAAGUAGUCCAUUACUACUUUCAUUGAGACACCAGUAGUCUUGCUUAGUAAUGUUAUUAGAAUUUUAGAAUAAAAUAAGGAAAAAUGAAACAUUU